AUGGCCGUUGUCGCAGUCACUGCUACGCCGCUCAAGUUGUCGCUGAAGAACAAGCUUGGUGGGCAACUCAACGCCUAUGUUACGGGUCAAGAUACUGCGGGAGACGUUGUCAUGCUCGCACCAGACGGCUCCUGGUACCAUCCUGAUGCUGGAGGAAGCACAAGUCCUGUUCAAAUCAACGCCGCGAAUGUCACACUUCCUCUCACAGGCGAUGUCACAGAACUCACGAUCCCAGAUUUUAUCUCAGCGGGUCGCAUUUGGGUUGCUGUGGGAGAGCUACAAUUCUUCACUCUCGUUGAACCUUCGGCCGUAAACCCUGAUGAUCCCUCAGCCGAUGUCAACUGGGGUUUCGUGGAACUUACAAACACGGAAAAGAGCGGCAUUUACGCCAACAUCUCUUUCGUCGAUUGGGUCGGCCUACUUUUGGGAAUGUCCUUAACGCUUGGUAGCGGUGAGGUUCAAACCGUCGAAGGUCUCGCCAAGAAUGCCGUUUCAAGCAUUUGCAACGACAUGAAGACGCAAGCCGCUGACGGUCAACCAUGGGAUAAAAUGUGUGUUUCUGACGCAAGUGAUUACACCGACUACGCUAACAAGGUCUGGGAUCAGUAUACCAACCAGGACCUUGUUUUCGACACGCAGAACGCGGGAAACACCACUUGCCGCGCCAACGGUGACCAGCUCACUUGCACCAAUGACAACCGCGCUUAUGCACGCCCUACCGUUGGUGACAUUUGGGGCUGCAACUCAGGGCCUUUUGCAAUGACUCAAGAUGAUAACGAUAUCCAUAAAGCCGUCGUACCCCGUCUCUGUGCCGCGUUCCAGCGCUCAACACUGCUCCUAGACGGUGGUGAUGUGCAGCCCAGCUCGGCAGUAGGUAAGGACACGUACUACAAAGAGACGCCAACCAACCACUACAGCCGUAUUGUGCACAAUUAUUUGGUGGGUGGUCGAGGUUAUGCCUUCGCAUAUGAUGAUGUCAAUCCAGAUGGCGAGAAUGCUGCUGGUGUUGUUUCUGGACCCAGCCCUCAGGAGCUGGCAAUCACUAUUGGUGGGGCGUGA